GUGUAGAGAUAAAGAAGUACAGGCGCACCCAAAAGUCGGCAGAGUUCUGUGAUAGCUGCGCUUUGACCCACGUUAUAAUGGAAACAAGAGCAACCAGUGUAUUCCUGUGUUUUAUUGUGAUAGCGUCGGACUGCUAUGCUGGUGUCGACCUACAUCCGAGAUUUCUUCUUUCUUCCGUACAGCAAGCUAUAGACGGCUACUGGGGAGACUGGGCCACUUGGGGGAGCUGCAGUGAGUCAUGUGGGACGCAUGGAUACCGGUUAAGGACACGUGCCUGUGAUAAUCCUGUUCCCAAAAAUGGAGGCAAACCUUGCUCUGGGGCAGAUUCGGAAAUGUCACCAUGCUUCUCACCAUGCCCUGUCGAUGGUCAUUGGGGGUCUUGGAACGCGAUGAAGCUUUGCAGCGUCACGUGUGGUAAUGGAACGGAGGAAUAUGCAAGGUCAUGUGAUAAUCCCGCACCUGCGCAUGGGGGAAAACAGUGUUCUGGACCAUCGGUGAAAGUCUCCCCGUGCAGUCCUUCUCCGUGUGCAAUUGAUGGAAACUGGGGUAAAUGGUCGCACUGGAGCGCAUGUUCGGUGUCUUGUGGUAACGGAGCAGAAUAUCGGCAUCGGCGUUGCGAUCAUCCAUCUCCAAGCCAUGGAGGCCGUGCGUGUUCGGGAUCUAGUGCGCAGACUCAGUCCUGUCACUUGAAUGCCUGUCCUGUUAAUGGAGGCUGGAGUCACUGGUCUGCUUGGGGACAUUGCUCCGUGACUUGUAAUGACGGCGUGCAACAUCGAACGCGCACCUGCAGUAACCCAGCGCCGAGUCAUGGCGGCCACGGAUGUAUCGGCGCUACCCAGGGGAGCCAGUCCUGUCACAAUAAUCCAUGCCCUGUUAAUGGAGGUUGGGGUCACUGGUCUGCUUGGGGACAUUGCUCCGUGACUUGUAAUGACGGCGUGCAACAUCGAACGCGCACCUGCAGCAACCCAGCGCCGAGUCAUGGCGGCCACGGAUGUAUCGGCGCUACCCAGGGGAGCCAGUCCUGUCACAAUAAUCCAUGUUGUCAUGACAAAAUGCCCCAAAACAUAUGCGUGGCAAUUUGGUACACUGGGCGCUGCAUCGAAAUCGUUGGCAGAGUGGAAUGUGCAAAAACGUGCAUAUACUGCCAUUGAAAUGACCGGAAGUUGGGAAUAAGCAACACAUGUCUCUAUUCAUAUGUAAUCUCAAAUAAUAAAAAAAAAUUGAACAAA